CUUCAUUGAGCACGCGUACGCGUGUAUUGUGUAGGAUAUAGUGGAAAAAAUCUCUGAAUUUAUCUGUGUGUGAAUGUUGGUGACUGACGGGCGUGGAUAUUAUUACGCAGUUGAUAAAUAGUCGAGGAAAUUGUUGGCCUUUGUCCGAGAGUAGUUCUGCAAGUGCAGGCUCCGUUUUCUUUUCAAGAUGCGGAUGCAACCGACGAGAGUAGCUCCGAAACCACCGCCGAGCAGUCAACAGGCUAGCAGUAGUAACAACGAUUGGGGCAGCAGUAGUAACGAGUUAGCCGAUAUCUUCGGUGCAUCAACGAGGAUCCAGGCACCUCAACAAAAGAAAAAACCACCACCUCGGCCGCCACCGCCUAAAUUUCCACCAGCCAGAAGCAACCUGGAGAAACCAAAGAAACCCGCAAGGCCAACGGAAUUGCUGACGAAUCUGUUUGGACGACGCACCGUUAAAUCACAGCAUUAUUAUCAACAGCAGCAACAACAACACAAUCAGUACAAAUCGACGACGGCGUCGUCUUACUCCAGUGCACCCACGAGCAGUAGAGACACGUGCUUGAUAGAUUUGAGUCCACCAGGUUCGCCAAGUUUCACCGGCAGUGAUGGCUUGAGCGUAGAUAGUUUCGGCAGCGAUGGGAAUUCCAAUCCCUCAGCUUUCAUAAGUAGCAGUGGCAGUACCAGUGCCUUCGAGGACGACUUCGACUUUUUCGGUAGUUUGUCCACAAAAAGGAUUAAUAAUAGUCAGGAUCCUUGGAAAGUCAGCUGUAGCCAUGAUCCGUUUGGCUCCAUCGAUAACACCAAGAACACACAACAGUGGAUACCAAGUCAUCAAGAGAUCAAAGAAGUUGGCGAAUCGAAUUUCUUCGCUUUUAACAGCACCAGCAGUAAUAGUAGCAAUAGUCCCUUCGACUGCCAGCAGCCAAAAGUGCCUCCACCAGCGGCGCCGGCGAAACCAUUCGUCAUGCCGACGAUCAUUAUGCCGGUGAGAAAAAAAGGAAGUGCGAACAGCAGUUCAAGCAAUUCUAGCAAAACUAGUCCGGUGUAUGGCGCGUCAAAAGUCAAUUACUCAGGUGCGCCACGGCAGGAUCCGUUGCGCAAUGCCGAUGGCAAAUGUUUCUGGGAUGAUGAUAAAUUUAAGAUCAAGUGGGAUAAUGAUAAAAGUAAUAGCGUCGUCGCAUGGGACAAUGAUCCUAUGAAAACUAGUUGGGGCGAUAGCGAUGUUUCACCACCGAUGCCUAAACUUCCACCGCCUCCACCCCCACCAGAAUAUAUUGCUGGUCUUGAAGAUGGCCUAGUGGAGAAUUCCGAAAGACCGUAUGGAAUUGCGCUCUACGAUUUUCCAGCCUCGCAACCUGGUGAUCUUGAGAUGAGGGAGGGUGACGUUGUUUAUUUGACAAAACUGAUUAACGACAAUUGGAUGGAAGGACGAGUUGGUAAUCGUGAGGGAAUGUUUCCUGUUAAUUUUAUUGACGUGAAGAUACCGUUACCGGGACUCGAAGUCAAUGUUGUCAACGCGCUGUAUGCUUUUAAAGGAGAGACUAGUGAUGAUUUGUUGUUUGAAGAAGGAGCGAGAAUAAAAGUGUUAGCGAGGAUAUCAGAUGAAUGGUUGUAUGGAGAAUGGAAUGGCAAACAAGGGCAGUUCCCGGCAAACUUUGUAGACAAAGUUCCAAGUGAUCUCCCAAAUCGUGCGUGGAGCUUAUAAGCAAAGAAGUCAUAUCGCGUUGGACGGUGUGGACGUGACUGCAAAAGUCAACAAAGACUGCAUCGCUUUUUUUUCAACGUAGAUAAUUAUUGUCGAGACGUGACAUUAUUUAGAAUAUCGAUACGAGGAAUACCUCGCAAAAUAUUAAAAAUUAUCGUGCGUUCAGACAACAAAAAUAUUUUCAACUGGCAAGAAAGUACUAAAGAAGAAAAUAAUAGCUUGUUUUUAAUUGUAAAUACGUAUCAAAACCUUGCUUAAUUUUCCAAAUUAAAUUUUCAUGAGCUUCGAUUGAUAGAUAAUCAAAUUAAUUUUGGGAAUUUGAAUGAUUCUUUUAAUGAUCGAUGAUCGGUAUAGUUCUUGUUAUUCUAAUUGUUAUUUAUCUAGAAAAAAUGGUCGUUUUCCGUUGUUUCAAAGUGGUCUCGUGGAAAUAUGUUUUGUAAAUAUUUUCGUCUCGUAAUUUAAAAAUCUUUGUAAGCCGUGUUAUUGUUUGUGUAAGAGAGGGUGAGAAGAAAAAGUUAAACAUCAAUGAUAUAUACUCCGUAAGAUGCUUUUGCUUGUCUUGCACGUCUCCAUGUCGCGAGAUUCACGUUUGACGUGCACGAAUUGAUAAAAAAAGAAAUUGUAAUUGACAGCCAUGUGUGUUUGUAUACGUGUAUUUUAAAAUUAUUUUGCUUGUUUGGGCAAUUACAAUCUCUGCACUAACUCAUUGACAACUCGCGUAUUUUGUUUUGCAGUAUUAGCGUCUAAGAAUCUGGUAUAUUGCUUUUCUUUUUUUAUAUUGUUCACAUAAGCGGGACCAAAAUUGAUUAGAAUUGAAUAAUACUUCCUCCGAUAUCAUUAACUGAUAUUAAAUGGAAUAACUGCAAAAGAAAGCUGUUUACACUUAUUAUAUUGCAGAAGCGAAUUUGUACAUUCUAAGUAGCUACGAAUUAAUUUUAUUUUUUUUGAUGUCGAUAUAAAUUGUGAUAUUUUGAUUUGAUAUAUAUAUAUAUAUAUUAUUAAAAUAGCUUAUAUUUACAAAUGGUUGAGAUUUCGAUUAAAUAUAUACCCAC